AUGUCGAGCCCUACCCGUAUCACCGUCGUUCGUGAUCUUCACGAUGAUGAAGCCCUUGUUAUAGACGAGUUCCACCGUCACGCCAGCCACUGCAUAAGGUGUGAACUUUCCAUCGAGAACAAGGUCAACGAUCUCUGCCAACGUGGCCACCUCCUCGCAGUCGAUGUCACCAAGUACUUUUAUACUGAAAGUAAAGUCCACUACUCAGUAGUGGAUAGGGAGGGUGGGAAGAUAAUGCGAGUGAAGUUUCCUCGCGAAGGCAUCGAAGCUACUAGGCUCCUUGAAGCUAUCGAAGGGGGAAUGGAGCUCAACUCUCGUCGAGGACGUGCUCCUGCCGUCCGCUCCCCAGAAGUACGCUUUGGACCAGUAUCGGAUGGGCCUCGUCCCAUCAUAGAGUACGCAAGACCUCGAUCUCGCACCUCGGAGAAUAUCUCAGCAGCACAGAUCAUUGAACGAUUCCCGGGUAGCAAACCCCGCGUCACUAUUUACCAAUAUCCUCGUGGCUCACUGUACUCUAACGAUUCUCGUGAUCGAAGUGAACGCCGGUACGAAUCUACCCGCAUCUUCCGCCGAGGUGACUACCACAAGUGA